UGCAAACGGGGUUGUAUCAAUACUGUAUUAGAAUACUAGACAGCAAGAGACUUGGGAGUAAAUUAAUGUUUCUUCGUGUCUGUUUAGGUAUGUAGCUACUUCUUCACAGCGAAUUUCAGUUGGGGUAAGUUAGCUAACGUUAGCUGGCUUUCAAAGCUGUGCGCACAGUGUCAUAAACCUUGAGGACUGCAACUGGAGAUGAAGCAUCGAGCUCACGCCAAAGAGGACCAUAUUAUGUAACGACACAAGGACAGACAAAAAGACACAUUUCAGAGAAAGGAAAAGCUGAAAGUAGCUAGCUACUACAACUUGGAGGAUCGCUAGCUGGCUAGCUUCAUUGAUAUAGGUGUGAUAACUAGAUAGCCAUCUUACCUAGCUGUACUGAAUUUGGCUAGGCAUUGCUACUGGCUAUCUGGGCUCGGAUUUGAAUCAAGCGUCACUAAUUACUACAAAAUUCAGAAUUUGCUUGCUAGAAAAAUGAUCUGUCGUUGACUCUCUUGUUGCGCAACUAGUAGUAACGUUGGCUGGCGAGCAAAAAUGUAAUGCCUAACCUGCCUCUCAUGACGUUCAACAAGCAGUAACGUUACACUAGAUAACUAACAUUACAAGGCACUAGUCAUCUUGAUAACGUUAGUCGCUAAUCUGGCUAAAAAUUCGUAAUUUAGAGGAGGCUAGCCAGUUAUUCUUUUGCGCAAUCGACUCAAGAGUUUAUCCUGUAAAAUCAUGUGAGGUGAUGAAGCUAACCAGCUAUUUAGCCAAGUUAAGUUGGAACUAGCCUGACAUCACUGCAAUCCUCUGGGUCAAGGCACCCAACCCGAGGAGGCUCUGUCGUGGGUGGAUCAUAGCUUUCCCCAAAUCAAAGAAACCAAUAUUACUCAUUCACAGUUAGGAGCCAUGAUCACGAUACAGCUUUAACCAGCGACCGCAAAACAUAAGGGAAAACUGUUCCUCGGCAAAAUGACUUUCAACCAGUCCAGUUUGUUCGGGCAGAUAGACGACCUACAAGACCUCGCAAUCAUCGAAAGACCAAUACGAAGAAGUCUGAAGACUGCGGAGGAGAUCGAGAAGCUGACAGUGGACGAGGAUCUGAAUGACAUUGAGCGAGCAGUGUUUCUCCUCAGCUCGGGUCAGGAUGUGCAGCGGGCCAGCGUCGUCGUCAACCUGCCAAACCUGGUGCGACAGAACCCGGCCGAAACUUUCCGGAGGGUGGUGCCAAAAGUCAGGGAAGUGCUGCAUGUCGCCGGGGUGGAGAUGCAGCUGGCCGCCGCCGGGUCCUUCCUCACCAUUCUCCAGGAUGACAUCAUCCUCAUCCAGACGCACACCCACUCCAUCCUACAGAUCGUCCUGCUCAACCUGGAUCACCGGGACGCAGUGGUCAGCAACGCGUGGCUGGAAACGUUGCUCUCAGCAAUCGAUGCUUUACCAAAGGAAACCAUCAGGCAAGAGAUCUUGAACCCGCUGGUGUCGAAAGCGCAGCUCUCCCAGUCGGUGCAGGCGCGCCUGGCCAGCUGUCGCAUCCUGGGGAAGGUGGCCAGCAAGUUUGAGUGUCAGAUGGUGAAGAAGGACCUGCUGCCCCUGGUCAGAUCGCUGUGUCAGGAUGUAGAGUACGAGGUGCGCUCCUGUAUGUGCCGCCAGCUGGAGAACAUCGCCAGGGGAAUUGGCGUGGACCACACCAAGGCGGUGGUGCUGCCCGAGCUGGUGGAGCUGGCCCGUGACGAGGGGAGCACGGUGCGGCUGGCUGCCUUCGACACCAUCGUCAACCUGCUGGAGAUGUUUGACAGCGAUGACAGGACUCGCGUGAUAUUCCCAUUGGUGAAGGCGUUCUGUGAAAAGUGCUUCAAAGCUGAUGAGGCAGUUCUGGCUUCUCUGUCAUUUCAGUAUGGAAGGCUGUGUCAUGGCCUCUCAGGGAGCUUCACAGAGGACCAGCACCUGUGGUUCUUGGAGUUCUAUAAGAAGCUGUGCAUUCUGGGCCUUCAUCUGGAGAAUGGACACUGUGAGAGCCAGGCGUACCCUCUCGAGCUGGAGAGGAAGUACGAGCUGGUGCGCAAGAACUGUGCCUACAACUUCCCUGCCAUGGUGUUAUUUGCCGACCCUAAAUGCUUCCUUUCGGAGCUGUACCCCACCUUCUCCAGCCUGUGCAACGACCCAGAGAUCUCCGUCCGGCGCACGGCGGCCGCUGGCUUCCAUGAAGUUGCUAAACUGUUGGGCCCCAACGUGCACUACAUUCACAAGGAGCUGGUCACUCUCCUGCAGGACGACUCUCUGGAGGUGUUGGAUGCUUUGAUGAACAGUCUGCAGGAGACUCUGGAGCUGGCCACGUUGAGAGGAGAUGGAGCUGGGGCUGACAGCAAGCAGGUGAGCGUGCCGGAUCUGAUCCCGGCCCUAGCAGCGGCGGAGCAGAAGGCCGCCGCCUCACUGCGCUGGCGGGUCCACGAGAGGCUGCUGCAGAGGUACGCCUGUCUGCCGCGCGUCAUCUCCGGGGACCAGAUCUACUUCCGCUUCCUGCAGAGGAUGUUCACCAUCAUCACCACCAAUAACGUUCUCCCCGUCCAGAGGGAGGCGGCAAGGACGCUGUGCGUGUUCCUGCGCUACAACCGCAAGCUGGAGCAGCGGCAGGAGAUCAUCGGCAAAGUGGUGGACCAGCUGGCUCAAGGAAAGAGUUACUGGAACAGGCUGCGCUACCUGGACCUCUGCGAGAUUGCCAUGGAGCUCUUCUCAAAGUCCUACUUCUGUAAACACUUUCUGGCCCCGGCUCUGGAGCUGGUAAACGACCCCGUAGCCAACGUCAGGUAUAAGCUGUGCUGCAUGCUGCCCAGGCUAAAGUCCACCAUCAGGCUGCCCUCGGAGAAGCCCCUGCUGCAGCAGCUGGAGUUCUGCGUCCGCAGGCUGCUCUGCAGGGAGAAGGACAAAGACGUCGUGAGCACCAUCCGGAAGACAGUGUUAGAUUUGGACAAAAUGGACAUUACAGAGCCAUACCACAAGCGUCAUGAGCGGGACCUGCUGGACCAGAAGAAGGAGAAGGAGGAGAACCUGCUGCUGGAAAUGGAGCAGUUGGAAAGGCAACAGAGCGAAGGAAAGCUCACAAUUGACAAACAUGCAGACAAGAAACGCAGGGACAGUAAGACUGGGUUGUCUGUAGCCAAAAACAUGUCAGGAUCCACAUCAGGAGCUGCUUUGUCCACCUCAGCUGGUAAAGAGAAGAAGGCCAAACUGGCACGGAGCCGAUCGCUCAGCAGCCACCCAACCACCUCCAAGAUGGUCAACUCAGACAAGCCACCAAAGGGGAAGGAAUCGAGCAGCGGUCCCGGAACUACAAAGGGUACCCUGGUCCCCAUCAAUGAUGACACCCUGCGGUCCCACCACUUCAGCACGGCGUCCACGUCCAUGUCCUCGACCCCCUCCACCUCCAUGCCCGUUCUGAUCCGCAGCAACACCACCAAUACCCUGGACCACCGGAGCAACGGCACCAAGGACACGCAGUCCCGGAAGCUUACCAUACAGAGAAAGUCUAACUCUUUCGGGAUGCAGUCGGGGAGGGAGUGAGGCUGUCCCAGGAAGAGGAACCCCAGGAGCUUCAGAGGAGAAGCGGGGGCCGACGCACUGCAACCCCAAAAGCUCCACAAUCUGCUUAAAGUUGUCAAAUAAAUAUGUAUUUUCCUGCUUAUGAUGAAUAAAUGAAUAAUAAUAAAUGCAGUAUUUCCUCACAUUGGCUUUUGGGAACGUCAGGAUUCUUCAGUUCCGUCCAAUCGACCCAUCUCUGCCUUACUCCACAACUUGUACCAUUUGUUAAAAUUACAUUUGGAACAGAUCAGUUGUACAGUAUGUAUUUUAUUUUGUUU